ACUGCGAGCCAGGUCAAGCCUGGCCGGAGGCUGCGUGCUGGGGUGGGCGGAGGCGUGGUCGGAGCACCGGGCUCUGGUUGGGGAGGACAAAGCGUGCAUCCCGGGACAAAGGGCGCCCUCUGGGGGUUUCCAGCAUCGGGGGACGUAGCCUCCGGACCCGGAGUGCUUGGGAGAGCCCUAUGGGAGGCUAGCCCCCGACACCCCUUGGGGUCCCGACCUCCAGCUUCAGUCCUGCUGGCUGAGUCUUAGGAAGCCCCCUCCUCCGGAAAGCCUCUGCUGACAGGAGGCCAGUUUCUCCUCUGGUCCCUAAAGAGAUGUCGGCCUGGAGCCAGUGUCCCCGUGCCCCGGCUGGCGCCCAAUUCUCGGGAGAAGGGGACAUUCCGAGCCUCUGCUCAGGGGGGACGGGCAGCCUGAGCCAGCAUCUCAUGGUCUCCUUUCCUCCCCAGCUCUGCUUCCCGUGGCCUCCUUUCUUCCCCUGAGGCCGAGGGAAUGGCUCCUGGCCUCCUGAGCGCCCGGCCCUGCCAGAAGUCAGUGACUUUGAAGGAUGUGACUGUGGACUUCACCUGGGAUGAGUGGGUACAUUUGAACCUAUCUCAGAAAGAGUUAUACAGGGAGGUGAUGCUGGAGAACUAUAAGAACUUUGUAUUUUUGGAAUUUGCAGUUUCCAAACCAGAUAUGAUCCAUCAAUUGGAAAGAAAAGAAGCAUCUUGGAUGUCAGAGGCAGAUAUUCCAAAAAGCAACUAUCCAGGGAGCAAAGAAUUUGCUGAAAAAAAAUCUUAUGAAUGUAGUGAAUGUGGGAAGGCCUUCAGGAGUAAGACACAACUUACUGUACAUCAGAGAAUUCAUACUGGAAAGAUUCUUUAUGAAUGUAAGGAAUGUGGGAAGACUUUCAUCUACAAUUCAGAACUUAGUCUACACCAGAGAAUUCAUACUGGAGAGAAACCUUAUGAAUGUAAUGUAUGUGGGAAAGCCUUCAGGAUGAAGGCACGUCUUACUGUGCACCAGAGAAUUCAUACUGGAGAGAAACCUUAUAAAUGUAGUGAAUGUGGGAUGGUAUUCAGGCUUAAGACACAGCUUACUGUGCAUCAGACAAUUCAUACUGGAGAGAAUCUCUAUGAAUGUAAAGACUGUGGAAAGACUUUCUUCUACAGUUCAGUAUUUAUUCUACAUCGGAGAAUUCAUACUGGAGAGAAACCUUAUGAAUGUAGUGAAUGUGGAAAGGCUUUCAAGAGUAAGACAGAUAUUACUGUGCAUCGGAGAAUUCAUACUGGAGAGAAACCUUAUGAAUGUAGUAAAUGUAGGAAGGCCUUCAGGAGUAAGAUACAACUUACUGUGCAUCAGAGAAUUCAUACUGCAGAGACACCUUUUGAAUGUAGUGAAUGCAGGAUGGCUUUCAGGGUUAAGAGAGAGCUUACUGUACAUCAGAGAAUUCAUACAGGACAAAAACCUUACAAAUGUAGCGAAUGUGGAAUGGCCUUCAGGAGUAAGACACAUAUUACUGUGCAUCAGAGCAUUCAUUCUGGAGAGAAACAUUUUGAAUGUAAGGAGUGUGGGAAAGCUUUCUUUUACAAUUCAGAACUUAUUACACAUCAAAGAAUUCAUACUGGAGAGAAACCUUAUGAAUGUAAUACAUGUGGGAAAGCCUUUAAUAGGAAGUCAAAUCUUACUGUGCAUCAGAGAAUUCAUACUGGAGAAACACCUUAUAAAUGUAGUGAAUGCAGGAUGGCUUUCAGGACUAAGAGACAGCUUACUGUACAUCAGAGAAUUCAUACAGAAACCUUGUGAAUAUAGUGAAUGUGGAAAGGACUUCAUCAGUAAGACACAGCUUACUGUGCGCCAGAGAAUUCAUGCUGGAGAGAGACCUUAUGAAUGUAGUGUAUGUGGUAAGGCUUCCAUAGGGAGUCAUAGUUUACUGUGCAUCAGAGAAUUCAUACUAGAGAGAUUCCUCAUGAAUGUAAAGAGUGGGAAGACUAUCACAACUUAGAUUUUAUUGAACAUCAGAGAAUUAAUCUAGUAAGGAUUGUUAUGAAUAUGGAAAUGCCUUUAGAAGUAAGGCAAAAAUUAUUGUACAUCAGAACAUUUAUACUGGAUAAAAACCUUAUGAAUGUAGUGAAUAUGAGAAGAUUUUUGGGAGUAACACACAAUUUACUGUGCAUUGAAAAUCCAUCCUGGAAAGAUUCUUAAUGAAUAUAAAGAGUGUGGCCUUCUGUUACAACUCAGAACUUAAUAUUGGACAUUGGACAAUCAAGGGAUUUCAUACAGAAGAGAAGUUCUCUGAAUGUAUUGUAUAUGGGCAGGCUUUCCUCCUUCAGAACAUAAUGUUAUCAAGAAACAUUGAUACUGGAGAGAGACCUUAUGAAUGUAAUGAAUGUGGAAGUCCUUCAGAUUGAAGAUCCAACUGAGGAACCAAUCAGCAUCAAAGCAUUUAUCCUAGAGAGAAACUUAUGAGCUAUGUAAGUUAUGUGGGAAGCCAUUUUGACUAGGAACAUUACCCUGAUGUCCAUAGCUGUCUAGGCUAUGAUUCUAAGUGCCUACAUGCUUAUAUGAAGAUCUAAACGUCCAUAGUUAGCACCCAUGAGAGGCAAUAUCCUUCCCUUUUGUAGAACCUUCUAAGGGGAGAAAAAUUAAUGUUAUCCUUCCAUGGGACUUCUCCUAUGGAGAAGAUAUAGUAGAUGUUAGAGUUUGCUAAUUGGAUCAUGAUACUGGGAGAGUUCUGGGCAGAUGGUGUGCAGAUGAGCCUGAUGUGUCAUAAAUACUUGUUGACUGUGCUUGAGGAAUAUAUCAUAAUCUAAGCUGUAUUCUUGCUGUUUCUCUCAUAUUCCUCAGGGUAACCUGGAUGAAACAUCCUCUCCACCUUCAAAAAGCAAACUGAUGAACUCAUUAUAAAUAAUAUAAUUACAUUUUCUUCUUUGUUUUUCUUAAUAUUUUUGCUACAUAAUUAUUUAUUUUUUUGCUACAUAAUUAUUACUGAAUUUUGUGGGUAUGAUUUCAAAUAAUUGAUGUAUUCUUGCUUUAUCAAUAAGUCUAAGGGGGCUGGAAAGAGAAUUUUGGAAUUCAUUGUUAAAAAGAAUGUUCAACAUAAACUUCAUUAUUUAAACGAUUAAAAAAAAAGAUUUGGAAUCACUAACAGCAUGGAUAAGUUUAUUGAACUCCUAGACUGGGGUCUUUCUGCAACAGAGAGAUUUCCAGUUGGGAGCAAAAUCCAAUGGGGGUCACUUUGUGGAAGUUCGAAUUUGGGUUCUAGAAUGGUGAAAGGUUUGGUGAGUUACUAAUACCCACAGCCAGAAGCUACUUCCUCAGCUAUUUGAUCAAUU